CAGCACCAUGCCUUACAACUGCUGCCUGUCCAGCCUGAGCUGCCGCUCCAGCUGCCCCGCCCGGCCCUGCGUGGCCCCCAGCUGCCACAGCACCCCCCUGCCCGGGGCCAGCAACAUCCCCGCCAACGUGAGCAACUGCGGCUGGUUCUGCGAGGGCUCCUUCAAUGGCAGCGAGAAGGAGACCAUGCAGUUCCUGAACGACCGCCUGGCCAGCUACCUGGAGAAGGUGCGGCAGCUGGAGCGGGAGAACGCGGAGCUGGAGAGCCUCAUCCAGGAGCGCUGCCAGCCCCAGGAGCCCCUGAUGUGCCCCAGCUACCAGUCCUACUUCCGGACCAUCGAGGAGCUGCAGCAGAAGAUCCUGUGCAGCAAGUCGGAGAACGCCCGGCUGGUGGUGCAGAUCGACAAUGCCAAGCUGGCCGCGGACGACUUCAGGACCAAGUACGAGACGGAGCUGGGCCUGCGGCAGCUGGUGGAAUCGGACAUAACCAGCCUGCGCAGGAUCCUGGACGAGCUGACCCUGUGCAAGUCUGACCUGGAGGCCCAGGUGGAGUCCCUGAAGGAGGAGCUGCUCUGCCUCAAGCAGAACCACGAGGAGGAAGUCAACACCCUGCGUUGCCAGAUUGGAGACCGCCUCAACGUGGAGGUGGACGCUGCCCCCACCGUGGACCUGAACCGCGUGCUCAAUGAGACCAGGUGCCAGUAUGAGGCCCUGGUGGAGACCAACCGCAGGGACGUGGAGGAAUGGUUCACCAACCAGACCCAGGAGCUGAACAAGCAGGUGGUGUCCAGCUCAGAGCAGCUGCAGACCUGCCAGGCGGAGAUCAUUGAGCUGAGACGCACGGUCAACGCCCUGGAGAUCGAGCUGCAGGCCCAGCACAACCUGAGGGACUCACUGGAAAACACACUGACAGAGACAGAGGCCCGCUACAGCUCCCAGCUGUCCCAGGUGCAGUGCAUGAUCACCAACGUGGAGUCCCAGCUGGCUGAGAUCAGGGGUGACCUGGAGCGGCAGAACCAGGAGUACCAGGUGCUGCUGGACGUCAAGGCCCGGCUAGAGUGUGAGAUCAACACGUACCGGGGCCUGCUGGAGAGCGAGGAUUGCAACCUGCCCUGCAACCCUUGUGCCACGACCAAUGCGUGUGACAAGCCCAUCGGGCCCUGCGUCACCAAUCCCUGCACCCCUUGUGGCUUCCGAACCCGCUGUGGGCCCUGCUAGACAUCCUGGUGCCAGCAGGAGGAUCGCAUGAAGACAGAAGACCACGGAUGGACCAGCCCUGUUUCUAUGACAACCAUCAUUGCAGGAACUCACCACAGGCAUCACCAUCGAUCCUGGUCUAAAAGAAGAACAUAUGCCCAGCAUGUGGCCAGCUCUGAGCCCUGCCUGCCUGGUCCUCUUCAUUCAAGGCUGCUCUCCUGUAGUUAUUGUCUGAGCUGAGAGUCCGACAGGUCUGGGCCAUGACGGUGUCAUCUGAGAUGUUUUGUGGUUCUCUCUGUUGCUUUGA